UAAGCCGGCGGGCAGAUGCCAGCCUCACAACGCACCACAACCACCGACCGACAACCGCUUCAAACCUUCGGCUCAUCCAACACAGAUUUCAACAUGAGAGGUGCAGGCGGACUACUGGCACUGGCCGUCGCGACGUUACUCGUCUGCUGCAGCGCCGACCCUCACCAGGAACAAGAUGUGAGCGCCGGCGAACACAAUUCAGGAGAACGUUUCGACGUUAACGAAUUGAGACAGAGAGAAGAAUUAGAAAACUUCCUGCGUUUCCUUACACAAUAUGAAAAUAAAUAUGACGACCAUGGCUCAUUGAGGAAUUUAAAUGGAAUCGGAGGAACCUCUCUCAUUGGCAGAAACCUUAAUGGUAUUGGAGGAACUUCUUUGCUGGGAAGGAACUUAAAUGGUAUUGGUGGAUCUUCGCUUCUGGGCAGAAGUUUGUACUCCUCGCAGGGGAGAUCCGGUAUUAGCUACAAGAACUUGAAUGGAAUCGGAGGAACUAGUCUUCUCGGAAGAAACUUGAAUGUUGAAUACGCCCGUUUUAUUGAUUCCCUAGGGGGUGGAAACUUCGUGCGCAAUUUGGACUCUCUUGGCGGUAGCAAUUUCGUAAGAAAUCUUGAUUCCCUCGGCGGGGCAAACUUAGUUAAGAAAAACCUUGAUCAACUCGGCGGACCGAACCUGGUCAAACGAAAUCUAGAUUCCUUGGGCGGUAGUCAUAAGAUUCGGUCCCUGGACCCGCUCGGCGGCAACAACUUGGUGCGAGACGUCAGAGAAGUGAAACACUCCGCUUACUUCCCUUACAUGUUCAGACGCUAUGACUACAUCAGCCCGUACGGCAAGCGCGAGCCGUGGCCCAUGGCGCCCGUCGAGUACAGCGGAUAUUACGGAGAUGGAUUCCCCAAGCGCAAUUUCGAUGAAAUUGAUCGCUCCAGCCUGAACACGUUCGUGAAGAAGCGCAACUUCGAUGAGAUCGACCGCUCGUCCAUGCCGUUCCCGUACGCCACCAAACGGUUCUACCACCUGUACGGAUCCAACUACCUUGACAUUGACACCCCUGUCUCGAGCCUGGACAAGAAGAGAUACAGACCUGACUACCCCAUGGAUGAGAUCGACCUCUCUCACUUCCCCAUUGGCUCCAAACGCUCCCAGGAUUCUUACCCGCUGACUGUUUAAAAUAUCAACCAAACUGCAGCCACUUUAGACGAUACCUCCAAGCUCCUUCAGCGUGACAAACGAAAAUAUUCUUGAUUACGUCCUGAUAACAUAAGCCAUUCUUGUUGUAAUAAACAAAAUGUUAGUAUAAGUCGCUAAUGUCUUUAACUCACAUUUAAAUUUGCUUAAAUAUCUAAAUUUAGAAAUAUUGUAAAUUUCUAUAAUUCCUAAAUAUCUAUAGAAUUAAGGAGGGAGAGGUUUAGAAUUACCAAAGAAAUAUGAUAUUUACAUUAAGAUAUUAUAUUAAUAAAUACGUACCUGUGCAUUAUGUUUCUCUAUUAUUAUUAUUCAAAAUGAUGGACUAAUUUAUACUCGUACAUUAUUUGAAAUUUAUUACGAACACAGUAAGAAAUAAAGAAUAUGAAUGUUCUUAACACA